UUUCCACCAUCUGAUCUGGAGAUGGUAGGCUACCUGCAAGAAGGUUACUCAUCCGUGAAUCUUCCAUUCGAUAUAGCUUCUACAAGGGGUCGAGACUUGCGAGAUCGGCGAGCGAGCGAGAAAGCGAGGCGUAGUCCAAAACGGAUCGAUGCCCAGUAAUGUGAUGGGAGGGCUCAGACCAACCAAGCCAUACCAUGACACCCAGAGAUGGCGAGCAGUUGCUCUGGCAUCCUUAGUUCUGGUUUUGGUUACUACCACAAUAAUUAUUAAAGGAAAACCCAGUUCUCUAUCCGGUGUUUCAAAUCUAAAAUCGAAUAGCUUUCAUUCUUCCAUCCAAUUCCAGCCUUCCGUAGAGUUCAUGAAUGGUACCAAUUUGAUAUGGCAAGUACCCGAGUCACCCAAGGCUGUUCUUUUCCUAGCUCAUGGCUGCAAUGGCCAAGCUGCCAACUUUUGGGACAAAUCUCCUGGCUGCCCAAAUUGUGUUGGAUUGCCUGAAGAGAGGCUCAUCGUGCUCCAUGCUCUUGAACGAAGAUUUGCAGUCCUAGCAGUGUCUAGUUUGGAAAGGUGCUGGUCAUUAGGGAGGGAGAAAGAAAAUGUCAAAUGGAUUAUUAAAUGGUGGAUUGAAAAAAAUAAGCUCGAGAAGCUCCCUGCUACGGCUCUUGGGGCGUCAUCUGGUGGGUAUUUUGUUUCUGCACUUGCUGCUGAGAUAAAAUUUAGUAGCAUUACCAUUAUGAUUGCAGAAGGGCAGUUUGAUUCUAUGGAAAUACCAGAAGGCUAUCCACCCACCCUUUUUGUCCACAUGCCUAAGGACCGCACCAGAGCGGAGUUGAUACGAAUGAACAUGGAAGCUCUAAGGCAGAAGGGAAUCCCUGUCAAGGAGAUCACAUGCUUGGAGUUUCCUUUGGCUCCAAAGCUAUUAUCUGAUAGAAUUCCAGGGUUAGAUCAGACCUUGGCUGUUAGGUUGUUUGAGGUUUUCCGUGAGAAAGAAUUCAUCGACAAGAAUGGAUACAUGAGGAAUGAUGGGCGGGUCAUUCCAUGGAAGCAAGCUGUUAAGCAAAGGAAUUUGUUGUUGAAGAAGCAUGAAUUGGUUAAUCACAUCGAAGAGGAGCUAAAUCUUGCAUUUGCAUACCAUGAGAUGACCAGUUUGCGGUCAGAUGAUAUUUUUGAAUGGUUUGAGUCUCACAUGAAUUGACUAAUGGUUUUUAAACCUCAAAGUUUCUGUAAUAUGUCACACUGCUGUCUCUUCUUCCACUGGCCAUGACAUGAUAUAGGAGUUCAACAAGAAGAUCUCCAUGUUUAAUAAAGGCAUCAUAGACAAUGUUCCUUCUUUUCUUUUUAUAAAUUACAGAACAUUUAUUGGACAAAUGUAAAACCUCUGGUGAAGCUAAAAGUAAGAUGUGCAGAUUGUUGGGUAGAACAGUGUUUCUGAGUCUAACUUGUUUUUAUGGAACUGCUGAAAAUAUGGUUUACUUCUUGAUGUUGGACCGUUAUUCUAA